AUGUUCGACUUUGCGCAACAUCUGCCAAGGCCACGUCUCCAACCUCGUCCGCUAUCGGCAGCAGUCUGGCCUCGUCGAAUUGUCACAGACUGCUGGCCCUCCUCGAGCACGCUCCCUCCAGCACGCGAAGCCGAGCCUGGGUCUGAAGAGCCAACCGGUCCCACGCAGCAAUUUUCUAACAGCUCGAAUUUUCGCGGUCAUAUCAUCGCUCGGCCGAGGUCACAUGAUCAAAUUACGCUGGGGCCUGGACGUCCAGAGUCUCAAGUCUCGCGCUGCGUCCGCGAGUGGGUCUUUGAGACUUGGCUGCUCGUCAUCAUCUUCGACACUACCACAACCGUCAAGAAACAUAUUGUCAAGGUUUGUAUCUACAUCUACGCAUACACCGCCACCGACCAUCUCUCCGCAUCACGCUCGAGUCUACACGCAGUCGACCACACCAAUAAUCUCGGUAUGGAUCAGUCGAGUCCAGCAUCAUUUGCACGCAUACAUACGCCGACAGCUCGCAUUGCAUUUGGAGGAUGGAGGAGGAGAUGUCAUGAUUUGCUGUCGGUCGACAUGCGUGCAGAGCCGUUGACAUCUCGACCGGGCAGCUUCGACCGCGACACCCGACAGAAAGAUCCAGAUACACGAUCGCACGAAGGCCACCCCGACGUGGCUCAUCAGCGCCGUGCACACCUUGCAAUGUCCCUCCAGCAGGCAAACCCAUACAUCGUUGACGGCAAGGGACACCUCCUCGGUCGUCUCGCCGCCACCCUGGCCAAGGAGCUCCUCUCCGGCCAGAAGGUCGUUGUUGUGCGAUCCGAGCUCAUCAACGUCUCGGGCUCGUUCUUCCGCAACAAGCUGAAGUACCACGCUUACCUGCACAAGCGCCACCUGGUCAACCCCAAGAAGGCCGGUCCCUUCCACCACCGUGCUCCCUCGCGCAUCCUCUACAAGGCCAUCCGAGGCAUGCUUCCCCACAAGACCGCCCGUGGUGCCGCCGCUCUGCAGCGCCUGAAGGUCUACGAGGGUGUCCCCCCUCCCUACGACCGCAAGAAGCUGAUGGUCAUCCCCGCCGCUCUCCGCGUCCUCCGCCUCAAGCCCGGCCGCAAGUUCGCCACCAUCAAGCGCAUCUCGCACGAGGUCGGCUGGAACCACAUGGAGACCGUCGACAAGCUCGAGGCCAAGCGCAAGGUCAAGCAGCAAGCUUACCACGAGCGCCAGGUCGCCGCUUCCAAGAAGCGCGCCGCCGCCCAGACCGCCACCGCCGACAAGCUCAAGGACGUCAACGCCCAGCUUGCCUCUCCUCCCCCUUCGCAUUCACAGGACUCAAAAGCGCUCACCGCAAUGCCCAGACAUUACACAGAAAAGCCAGAGCAGUGCAAAGGCAGUGCGACGAGCAACGCCGCUGAGGUUCUGCUCUUGCCGCGGCUGCAAGUCAUUCUCCCUUGCCGACCAGCACGUCGAGGAUCCUCCACAUUUUUGCGGACGGUCAUCACGGUCGGUCAGCACAGCCUUGUCCGCAAACUCACCCCACCAUCGUCUCUUCAACAUAACCUUUGGAACCGGCGUGGUGCUGCCUGGAGGAGGUAUUGCGCUGGCAUUCCAGCUCACAGACUCCAGAUCGGCUUGAAGAGGCGCCGGAUCGACGCAAAUCGCACCUUCGACCCGCUCUCUGAGAUCGACCAACGUGCAGUCCACACCGCUGCCACCACCUUGCGUGACGAGCAAGCGCAGCCAAGCUCGCCCGCCAUGAGGAACAGCACAACUUACAUCCCUGUGCCAGCUGGAGCCCCUGCUCUGCCUCCCGCUCCGGCACAGGCAGCAUCAGUGCCAGCUUCAUCGAUGCCAGCCUACCAACGGCUGGAAACGCCAAUGGGCAGGCUGACAGAGCGCUCUUCGUCACCGUCUAGCGCUCACGAGAUACCGCCCAGUCUUCAUCCCCGGUGGCAUGCAGCGGCAUCACCCGCACCCGCACCUGCACCCGAACCCGCUGUCCGAUCGAGCGCACCCCUUCCUCCGCGUCUCAAGAACCCGUACGAUCGGACAAUGCCGUCCGUAGCUCAGGAAACGCUCUCAGUGCAGAGUCCUUCUUCGAGCAAUGCUCCGGGUCGGGUCAGAUUUGGACCGGGUGACCCGCUCUUCACCGCCAAUGCACCUGCUGCCUACCCCAAUCCCUACUCCCACCAGCAGCCGCUUCCAGACAGGACGCUCGACACCGACACCGCGGGCACUCGAUCCAUUCCGAAUCGAACCACAGCACGGCCAGAAGAUGUAAGCGAUCCGACACAAUCCAUCGUCGACAGCCGUGCACCUGCAUCAAGUCAUGGCGAGCCAGGACAUGAAUUCGACGAUUGUCCAGGCUGCCGAGCCGAACUGGAAGAUGCCAUCCAGGCCUCGUUGCAGACUGCAAAGCAAGAAGAAGAGUCGCGCCGCCGCGCACCUCUCGAGCAGCAGGAACUCGACCGGCUUUAUGCCAUCACGUCCGAGGAGGAGGAACGUCGGCGCCGACUAGCCAUGGAAGAGGAGGCUCUCCUGCUUCAAGCCAUCGAGGACAGUCGUCGAGAAGCCGAAAUGCAGUCGCAGCGCCACGCCAAUGACGAGGACGUGCUGCUCGAAGAGUCUCGCCAGCAUGCGUUGCGCCAAAGAGACCAAGACGCCAUCAAGGAAUCGGAGAUGCUCCAAGCCGCCAAGAUGGCUUCCGAGAUGCACGAGCAACAACGUCUCGAACGCAUCGAGUCACUCCGUGAUGCCGAGCGCAAAGCUCUUCAGCUCAGUCUGCAGGAGCAAGAGGAAGAGUGGGCUCGACGCGAAAGCGCGGAACGCUCCUUGCUUGAAUUCCUAGAGCAACGCGGGCAUUAUCAAGACGCUGCUGCACAGCUUCCGACGCCCCAGCGUCCCAGCUCAACAUCCGCAUCGCCAGACCCGACCUCUAGACCACCUUCAGCCGUCGCGGCAGGCGAUCUCGAAGCCGAAUAUUGGCGAUUCUCCGGCCAUGACGAAGCCUACCGACUCGCGCUCCAGAUGCAGCAAGCAUCUCUGGAAGAGCAUCGCGUUCACACACGACCAGCUUCGUCUGGAACGCGCGUGCGAAGGCCUCUGCCACAGACUCCAACGCUCCGCAGCGAAAGCUCGAGUUCGCAAACACACCCGGUCGACUCGGACAGCUUGCACAAUGUCGCACCAGACUCGAGCACGAGCGGAGCGUUGGGUGGAGCGCAAGUGCAUGCGCUUCCCGAUCCACCGCGCCCCGCUCUGCAACAAAGAUCGUCCUCUUCGAGCUCCAAGCAAUCCCAGUCGGUCGACCCGCUCCCGCUAGAGCAAGCUCCUUCGCCCUCCUCGGAAUGGUACAACCCCUACGACGCUGUUCGCACGACUGCUGGAUCCGGCGAUCCUGCGUGCGAUCCGUCGGAUCCCGCUCCAGCAUCGUACUCUAUACCCAAGCGGGUAAGUUCUCAGCUUUCGACCACGACGAGGGACGAAAUUGUCGCAAGCUCUUCUCCAGCCCCUGAGCAGAAGGGUCAGCGCGCACUGGCUGGGAUCGACUUUGGCUACUGCAGUCUUCCCUUCGCACCCAACCUGGACAAGCCUGCUCAGCCUUCGCCUCCCCAGUCGACCGCGACGUUGUCAACAUCGUCGCACUCAACGUCCCAGUCGGGCCAGAAGGCGCGUUUUCCGGCCUCGAUCGUGCUUAGUGCUGCAGGCAAGGCCAGCCACACCGCCGAGCUUGACGCCGCUUACCCUCAACGAAGCGCAGGCGAAGGAUCUUCGGGCAGCUUCUACGUCAUCCGGGCUCAUUCCUGGAAGAGCCUGCUUCGGGCGCUAGCUUGGUACGGAAACACUCGAGUCGAGGCGAGUCCCGAGGAUGUCGCAGCUGCAAGCGAGCAUCGAUCGGGGCGAUGCUUGCUUCGUGCCGAGAUCGAGUUUGUCACACCGACCAGGGUCGAUCUCGGCAUGGGAGUCGGCGAGUAUGCAAAGGCAGCACACACUUCGGCUGGCAUGCCCAAGCAUCCCUCUCCGGCCCACGUAGCCUUGUGUCUGUCGCUCCUUCCCGUCUCGUCAGGAUCCUCCUCCGCAUCUUCCAAGGAAGCAGGCGCGUGGCUCAAGUCGGACACAUAUCGGGCGAUCAAGCACGAGUCCCGACGUCUCGAUGCUUGGUACGCGGGAAAGGGCUCGACGCGACGACUGAUUCAACUCUCACGACAACCUCCUGCACUGCCCGUAAUCUUGGUGCAGAUUGCCCAAGUGCUUCACGCAUCCCAUGCAUUCAGCGCUGCUUGCCCUUCGUCGGGGUCGACUGCGCGCCACUCACCGCGCGACCUCCACCACGCCAUCGAGAGACACGACGAAGGGUUUGUGCGCAAGCAAAAGGCAAUGCUGGCAGCGGGAUCCGCUCUAGCGUCGCAGACGGGCGGUUUGAGCAAUGCCUCGACUGCAUCGCUCGCAUCCUCGAAUCCACGCUUUAGCUUGUCGGGACCCUCUCGCUUCUCUGGCUCGACCGAGAUUCAUCGAGAGAGCAAUGAGGAUGAUUUCGGCGACGAGGACGACCAAGAUGUGGAUGUCGACGACUUUCACCUGCUCGAGCACGGACUCGCCGGUGACGGCUCGUUUGAUGCUCAGGACAAAGCACUCAUGGGCAAGCGUCACCGUUUCAAGGCCAAGGUCAAACGUCGCCUUGCCAAGCGCAGUGCGGAUGGCCGCGUGGUCGACGAAGACCUCGCUGCGUGGAUCACACCGUUCGAUCUGUCCCAGCACGGCUGA